GACAUGACGGCGGGCGGCCAGGCCGAGGGCGCGGACCGGGACUCCGCCUCCGCGCGGCUGCCCUCCCGGGUGGCCAAGCUGCUGUCGGCGCUCUUUUACGGGACCUGCUCCUUCCUCAUCGUGCUGGUCAACAAGGCGCUGCUGACCACCUACCGAUUCCCAUCACCAAUUUUUCUUGGAAUUGGACAGAUGGCAGCUACCAUAAUGAUACUGUAUGUAUCCAAACUAAAUAAAAUAAUUCACUUCCCUGAUUUUGACAAGAAAAUUCCUGUGAAGCUGUUUCCUCUGCCUCUCCUCUACAUUGGAAACCACAUAAGUGGAUUAUCAAGCACAAGUAAAUUAAGCUUGCCGAUGUUCACCGUGCUCCGGAAAUUUACCAUUCCACUCACUUUACUCCUGGAAACCACCAUACUUGGGAAACAGUAUUCCUUGAACAUCAUCGUCAGUGUUUUUACCAUCAUACUUGGGGCUUUCAUAGCAGCUGGUUCUGACCUUGCCUUUAACUUGGAAGGCUAUGUUUUUGUAUUCCUGAAUGAUAUCUUCACAGCAGCAAAUGGAGUUUAUACCAAACAGAAAAUGGACCCAAAGGAGUUGGGUAAAUAUGGAGUGCUUUUCUACAAUGCCUGCUUCAUGAUUAUACCAACUCUUAUUAUUAGUGUCUCUACUGGAGACCUUCAGCAGGCUACUGAAUUCAAUGAGUGGAAGAAUGUUCUAUUUAUAAUACAGUUUCUUCUUUCCUGUUUUCUGGGGUUUCUGUUGAUGUACUCCACAGUUUUGUGCAGCUAUUACAAUUCGGCCCUCACAACAGCAGUGGUUGGAGCCAUCAAGAAUGUUUCCAUUGCUUACAUUGGAAUGUUAGUUGGUGGAGACUACAUUUUCUCUGUGUUAAACUUUGUAGGGUUAAAUAUUUGCAUGGCAGGGGGCUUGAGAUACUCCUUUUUAACUCUGAGCAGCCAAUUAAACCCUAAACAACCUGUGGACGAAGAAAACAUUCCUCUGGAUUUGAAGAGUUAGAAUCUGAGGCAGGAUUGCAGACUGGGAACAUGGGGGUGGGGGGCACUCCCCGCUGUAGAAAUGUGAAGCCAGACGUUCUGGUCACUGACAACACUCAGCCCCCUGGUUAAAGCACAACAGGAAUGUCUGCCAACUGCGAAGAGAACCUACCUCACACGUUACUGC